CCGCACGCAUACAACUGCGCUUCUCUUCAACCAGAUUCCAAUCCCUCCUCACCACCUCAAUCUCCCUCCCAGUCACAUCUCGUCGACACCGUUCAAAAUGUCUACCAACGAACUCGCCGCAUCCUACGCCGCACUCAUCCUUGCCGAUGAUGGCAUUGAGAUCACCUCCGACAAGUUGAACACCAUCAUCAAGGCCGCUGGUGUCCCCGAUGUUGAGCCCAUCUGGGCGACUCUGUUCGCCAAGGCUCUCGAGGGCAAGGAUGUCAAGGACCUUCUCCUGAACGUCGGAUCCGGUGGCGGAGCUGCUGCUGCUCCCGCUGCUGGUGGUGCCGCUGCCGCCGGUGGUGCUGCUCCUGCUGAGGAGGCCAAGGAGGAAGCAAAGGAAGAGGAGAAGGAAGAGUCCGACGAGGACAUGGGCUUCGGUCUUUUCGACUAAGCGCAUCAAUCAAGUCUUGUUCCUGCCGAGGCCGGCCUGCCUCUUACCAUGUCCAUCAUCCCUUAUUUCCUCCGAAUCUGAGGACCAAGAAUCCAAUUCCACGACGGGAAAGAAUAAGAAAACCACACAACCAUCAAUCCUCCCUUUUUCCACCAAUUGAUUUUUCACCACUACAACCGGUGUCAACCUUUUAACAUCCAUACACCCCCAUUGUUUUUUUAACUUUCCGUCAUGCGAAACCGAUUUCUACGUCAUCAGGGGAAGCGAGGUCUGGGAGAAAUGGAUAUGAUGAGAGCAGAAGAAAAACCCCGAUUCUUAUGAUGAAGAUUUAGGAGGGAAUGAAUCCAAUCCUUCCCAAAAUCUGAGAUAAAUAAAACCAAAGUGCUUGAGAUGAUCGGUCCGGGACGAGCGGAAUGGGCAUGCUAAGACUCAUGCGGACUUUUUUCAAGCCUACUGAACUCAUCCUUUUCUCCAUAAGAUGAAUUGUACCUGAGAUUGAGAUCUGGCAUCCCCUUGAAAUGUCUAGAAGCCAAAAAAAUCCAACAUUGAAAAGAAAA